AUGGCCACUUCGCUCGCCUGUGCUGGCUUCUUCUUCGACACCGAGCCGAUCGGCGAGCCCCGCCUGCCCGCGCUGAACGCGUGCGCGCUCUGCUCAAAACCGUUGGCCCGCGACAGCGACAUCUUCAUGUACAGAGGGGACACACCCUUCUGCAGCCAGGAGUGCCGCUACGAGCAGAUGCAGCACGACGCCAUCCGCGCCAGGCACGCGGCCAGCGAGGGAUGGAAGCCAAUGCAGCAGGUCGGCUCCUUGCCGCAUCAUCUUCCGCACUUCUCCAGGGCCGAAUCUGAGGGCGACUGCCAUGGCUGCCACGUCGCUGCAGCAGGAGCAGCUGAUCGUCACGCGCCCCGACGAGUGCCACCUCCAUCUUCGCGAUGGCGGUGUCCUCGAGGCCGUGCUGCCCCACAGGCAUUUCGGGAGGGCCAUCCUCAUGCCCAAGCUGAAGACGCCGGUGACCACGACGGCGCGGGCGGUGGAGUACAGGGAGGAGAUAAUGAGGGCGCUACCACCAGGGAGAUAAAGCGCGCAAGAGAGAGUGGUGUAGUCCUUGCUGUGAAGCUGUAUCCCGCCGGAGCAACUACCGAUUCCCAGGAUGGUGUGACCGAUAAAUUUGUGAAGUGCUUGCCUGUCCUCAAGGAGAUGGUCAGGCAGGAAAUUCCUUUGCUUGUUCAUGGAGAAGUCACAGAUCCACAUGUUGACAUCUUUGACCGUGAGAAGGUUUUCAUUGAUAGAAUACUGGCACCACUUGUACAAAAACUUCCACAGCUGAAAAUUGUUAUGGAACACAUCACAACUAUGGAUGCAGCGAAUUUCAUAGAAUCAUGUGAACAAGGUCAUGUUGCUGCAACAGUGACUCCUCAGCAUCUCCUCAAUAGGAACGCUUUAUUUCAGGGUGGCUUGCAGCCACACAAUUACUGCUUGCCAGUUCUGAAAAGAGAGAUCCAUAGACAAGCUAUUGUAUCUGCUGUAACAAAAGGGAGUAGACGAUACUUUCUUGGCACUGACAGCGCUCCCCAUGAUAAACGGAACAAAGAAUGUUCCUGUGGUUGUGCAGGAAUAUAUAGCGCUCCUGUUGCCUUGUCUCUUUAUGCGAAGGUAUUUGAAGAGGCUGGAGCCCUCGAUAAUCUAGAAGCUUUUACAAGCUUCAAUGGCCCUGAUUUUUACGGUCUCCCAAGGAACACUUCAAAGAUUGUCUUGAGAAAGAGUGGCUGGGAAGUAUCCGCAACUUAUAAGCACAGUUCAGGGGAGAUUGUGCCUAUGUUUGCUGGCAGCACCCUUGAAUGGCUUCCAUCUGAUGAUGAGCCUAAAGAAUAA